CACACUUCCCUCACCAGAUAUUUCCCUAAACGCGCUCACUGACGAAAUCCACCACUGAGUUAACUCGUUCCUUCUCUGGGUUUUGGUAGGCGGCGACAAUGGAGGAGCUAGAUCGUUCACGCGCUUUUGCCAAAGACGUCAAGCGUAUCGUCGUUAAGGUUGGGACCGCUGUUGUUACUGGGAAAGGUGGAAGAUUGGCUCUUGGUCGCUUAGGAGCACUGUGUGAACAGCUUGCGGAAUUAAACUCGGAUGGAUUUGAGGUGAUUUUGGUGUCAUCUGGUGCGGUUGGCCUUGGCAGGCAAAGGCUUCGAUACAGACAAUUAGUCAAUAGCAGCUUUGCGGAUCUUCAGAAGCCUCAGAGUGAACUUGAUGGGAAGGCUUGCGCUGGUGUUGGACAAAGCAGUCUUAUGGCUUAUUACGAGACUAUGUUCGACCAGCUGGAUGUGACGGCGGCUCAACUUCUGGUGAAUGACAGUAGUUUUAGAGACAAGGAUUUCAGAAAGCAACUUAAUGAAACUGUCAAGUCGAUGCUUGAUUUGAGGGUUAUUCCGAUUUUCAAUGAGAAUGAUGCUAUAAGCACCAGAAGAGCCCCAUAUCAGGAUUCCUCUGGCAUCUUUUGGGAUAACGACAGCUUAGCUGCUCUACUGGCGCUGGAACUGAAAGCUGACCUUCUGAUUCUUCUGAGUGAUGUCGAAGGUCUUUACACAGGCCCUCCCAGUGAUCCUAACUCAAAGUUGAUCCACACAUUUAUUAAGGAAAAACAUCAAGAUGAGAUUACAUUUGGCGACAAGUCAAGAUUAGGAAGAGGUGGCAUGACUGCAAAAGUCAAAGCUGCAGUGAAUGCAGCAUAUGCUGGGAUUCCUGUCAUCAUAACCAGUGGGUAUUCAGCUGAAAACAUAGAUAAAGUCCUCCGAGGACUGCGUGUUGGAACCUUGUUCCAUCAAGAUGCUCGUCAAUGGGCUCCGAUCACAGAUUCUACUGCUCGUGACAUGGCAGUUGCUGCAAGAGAAAGUUCCAGAAAGCUUCAGGCCUUAUCUUCAGAAGAUAGGAAACAAAUUCUGUAUAAUAUCGCCGACGCUCUUGAAGCAAAUGAAAAAACAAUCAGAGAUGAGAAUGAAUUAGAUGUAUCUGCAGCACAAGAAGCUGGAUUUGAAGAGUCAUUGGUGGCUCGCUUAGUUAUGACACCUGCAAAGAUCUCAAGCCUUGCAGCUUCAGUUCGUAAGCUAGCCGAUAUGGAAGAUCCAAUUGGCCGUGUUUUAAAGAAAACUGAGGUGGCAGAUGGUCUUGUCUUAGAGAAGACCUCAUCCCCAUUAGGCGUACUCCUGAUUGUUUUUGAAUCCCGACCUGAUGCACUUGUACAGAUAGCUUCACUUGCCAUCCGGAGUGGAAAUGGUCUUCUAUUGAAGGGUGGAAAGGAGGCCCGGCGAUCAAAUGCUAUCUUACAUAAGGUGAUCACUGAUGCAAUUCCAGAGACUGUCGGGGGUAAACUCAUUGGACUUGUGACUUCAAGAGAAGAGAUUCCUGAUUUGCUCAAGCUUGAUGACGUUAUAGAUCUUGUGAUCCCAAGAGGCAGCAACAAGCUUGUUUCCCAGAUAAAAAAUACUACAAAAAUCCCUGUGCUAGGCCAUGCUGAUGGAAUCUGUCAUGUAUAUGUCGACAAGUCAUGUAAUCUGGAUAUGGCAAAGCGCAUAAUUUCCGAUGCAAAGUUGGAUUAUCCAGCAGCCUGUAAUGCGAUGGAAACUCUUCUUGUGCAUAAGGAUCUAGAGCAGAACGGGCUCAAUGAGCUUAUUUUUGUGCUGCAGAGCAAUGGAGUCACUGUAUAUGGUGGACCAAGAGCAAGUGCAAUACUGAACAUACCAGAAGCACGGUCGUUCAACUAUGAGUACUGUUCCAAGGCUUGCACCGUUGAAGUUGUAGAAGACGUUUACGGUGCUAUAGAUCACAUUCACCGACAUGGGAGUGCGCACACAGAUUGCAUUGUGACAGAGGAUACCGAAGUUGCAGAGCUAUUCCUUCGCCAAGUGGACAGCGCUGCUGUUUUCCACAACGCAAGCACAAGAUUCUCAGAUGGGGCUCGAUUUGGACUUGGUGCCGAGGUGGGAAUAAGCACAGGUAGGAUUCAUGCUCGUGGCCCAGUCGGAGUUGAAGGAUUACUUACAACAAGAUGGUUAAUGAGAGGAAAAGGACAAGUUGUUGAUGGAGACAAUGGGAUUGCUUACACCCAUCAAGACAUUCCCAUCCAAUCUUAGAAGACUGUUGUGUGUUGAGACUUGAGGAGAGGAUGGGCUUUUUGUUUCCUCUCUGCUAAUAUCAUAUCCUAUUAUUAUUGUUAUUGAAACCCUCUCUUAUGUAGUGGUUUUGAUUUAGGAAUUAGGGAUUGCACCAAGAAUAAGUUACCACUUGGUCUUGCUCAUAAGUAAGAUGAAGAACAUUUUCUUAGCUUCUCUUCUUGUUUAAAAAAAACACGUUGUAAGGCUACCUACACCUUUCUGAUUUAUCAUUUAUCUAUAUCUUUGGAUUUGAGUUUGGACU